AUGUCUGAACAACGGCCACUACCACGGAACCGAUUAAAAUCUCGCACUGGCUGUCUUCGUUGCAAACAAAGGAGAGUGAAAUGCGACGAGACUCUUCCACAUUGCAGCCAAUGCACUCGAAGGGGUUUCGACUGUCCCGGAUACAAGCGUCCGUUGAAAUGGUCAUCCAAGUAUGAGAUUGGGACUAGUGGCACCGACGCUCGAGGAACAAACCCGCACAGUUCUAGCAGAAUCGAGUCUAUCAGCGUCAUCGACGUUGACGCAUUGCGGAUCCCCUCGCCUUUCUCGAUACCAUGGGGUUCUACUGCGUCCACCCAGCCCGACGGCAGCAAUUUAGAAGAUCUUUCUGCCACGGGUCCGGAUGAGAGCCUUACCAUCUCGCACUUCAGUACAGGGCAACGGCAGAACAAUGUUUCUCCAGAGGAUGAGCCCAAUGUUGACCCGACGAAUGACCCCCUUGAUAUGCAAUUGCCAGAGGAGCGAUUGAGCCAUGACCUAGAUGAUGCCACCAACUGGGUCGAAUGGGCGCAGUUUCCCCUUCCACUGUCUCUACCUCCACCUCUUGGGGACGGAGAAUCGGGAAUCUUGCGACAUUAUUUCGUCCAGGUUUGCCGGAUCAAUUCGUGUUUUGACUCCGCAGUCAAUUUCUUUCGCGCGGACAUUGGGGACCUGAUGGCCUCUUCUCCUCUCAUCUACCACUGUGUCCUUUCCAUGUCUGCAGCUCAUCUCGCAGCACUAAAGGCUAACUUGGUAGCUACUGCGUUGGAUCAUAGGGCAAGAGCACUUGCGUGCUUGAAAUCAGAGAUGAUGAGGCUGAAGGAUGGAAUCGAGAGCAAUAGUCUUACAACCGUCAAAACCUCGGAAGCACUGCUCGGAAGUAUUCUGCUAGGGAUGACGGAUGGCUGGCACAACCCAUCCUCCCUCGGAACGACUCACCUUCACGGAGCACGGAUCCUCUUCAAACGGUGGAUGUCGAGCGCUCAGGACGACCUGAUAGUUCCCUUCACACUCGAUUCAUCAUUGCGUGUGCGAAGCUUCAUGGCCGGAUUUAUGGCAUAUUGGGAAGCCAUGGCAUCAUUCUUAAUAAAUCAGUCGGUGGACGCAACGGCUUAUCUAAAUCUGGUUUGCGACCAAAAGACGCCCCCCAAGCUCCACCCAAACCCGUGGACAGGUAUUUGUACACCACUAUUUGUGCACCUGGCGAGGGUAGGUACUCUGGUGCGGCAGCAAUCCUUGCUCAAACAACUGUCAUCUGUCACAUCUCGGGAGGAUGCUGCAGAUCAGCUCAAGGCUGAUAUACUCCGGUCAGCCCGGGAGACCGAGACAGCGCUCCUCAAUUACAAUAUACCCACUGAGGAAGUGAUAGAAGAUACGGCCGAUCCUCUGACACCUGUGCAGGACCUGCAGAGGUUGGCUCAGGUAUACAGACUUGCCGCCUUGCUUGAGCUUUACCGGAAUUACCCAGAGCUGUUGGAAGGUGAUGCCGAAGAGACCACUGGCGCUGAGCCAGCACCCGCCGAGAAAAUCACCUCCAUGGCCGUCUCGACUCUGACCCUGAUUGCUGCUACCCCGCAGACCUCUGGAGUAAACUGUCUUCUAACGAUCCCGCUUAUAAUCGCGGGCAGCACCUUACAGUGGACGCCGAAGCGUCCAGUGCGACGCGGCUCGGUAAAACAUGCUUGGAGCACGCUGUGCGGUGAAAUUGUUGCUAUCUCCAGCCAUGCCGACGUCCAGAUGUACUGGCGAGACUUUGUCCGAACCCGUCUGGAGGCCGUUCUCCGGCAUGUGGGUAUAGUCGCGAUCUUGCGAGCCACGGAAAUUCUGGACAAGGUCUGGACUCGAAGUGAUGCUCAGACGGCGAUAGGCUGUCCGGGCCGGGGGGCAGAGUCUCAGCAGUUUGUUCAAUGGAUUGAGGUUAUGGUGGAAGAGAAACUAGAGACGGUCCUUGGGUAA